GAUGGUGCAAAAGCGGCGAAUGAAGCGUCGGAGGCACCGCUGCAGGUGGGCUUAACAAAACCUGAGACUAAGCCCAGGCAGCGCAAGAAGGAGCUGAGCUGGUUUACCUCUACGGGGCGACCUUUAGAUCUAGACUUGGAGUAUGGACGAUUCCGUCCUUGUCUUCCAUCUCAUACUCUGUUUGAGAUGGACAGAAUGACGGAAGACGCGCUGCGCUUGAACCUCUUGAAACGGAGCCUGGACCAAGCGGACGAUCGGGACGACGUCCUGGCCAAGAGGCUGAAGAUGGAGGGACACGAGGCCAUGGAGCGCUUGAAGAUGCUGGCGCUGCUCAAGAGGAAAGACCUGGCGGGCAUCGAGGUGCCGCACGAGCUCCCGGUGAAGCAGGACGGGGUGAAAGUCUAUGAAGAAAAGCUCAACGGGAGCCUGAGGCCGCACGGGGACGGCAGGACCGCGGGGCGGCCGGGCAAGGAGAACAUUAACGACGAGCCGGUGGAUAUGAGCGCCAGGAGGAGCGACCAGGACAGGGGCCGAUUAACCCCCUCGCCUGAUAUCAUCGUCCUCUCCGACAACGAGGCGUCCAGUCCCCGCUCCAGCUCUCGCAUGGAGGAAAGACUCAAAGCAGCGAACCUGGAGAUGUUCAAGGGGAAGAGCCUGGAGGAGCGGCAGCAGCUCAUCAAGCAGCUCCGGGACGAGCUGCGGCUGGAGGAGGCCAGGCUGGUGUUGCUGAAGAAACUGAGGCAAAGUCAGCUGCAAAAGGAGAACGUGGUGCAGAAGACUCCGGUUGUGCAGAACGCGGCGUCUAUCGUGCAACCGUCGCCUGCGCACGUGGGACAGCAGGGCCUGUCCAAACUGCCCUCCAGGCCCGGAGCUCAGGGCGUCGAGCCUCAGAACUUGAGGACAUUACAGGGUCACAGCGUCAUUAGGUCCGCCACAAACACGACUCUGCCCCAUAUGCUCAUGUCGCAGCGCGUGAUCGCCCCGAACCCGGCCCAGCUCCAGGGGCAGCGCGUUCCUCCUAAACCCGGCCUCAUCCGCACCACAACGCCGAGCAUGAAUCCAGCCAUCAACUACCAGCCGCAAUCAAGUUCUUCUGUUCCUUGCCAGCGCACGUCGUCUUCAGCCAUCUAUAUGAACCUUGCGUCUCACAUCCAGCCCGGCAGCGUGAACAGGGUCUCGUCUCCGCUCCCCAGCCCCAGCGCCCUGAACGACGCGGCCAACUCGCAGGCGGCCGCCAAGCUCGCCCUGCGCAAACAGCUGGAGAAGACGCUGCUGGAGAUCCCGCCCCCCAAACCGCCCGCUCCCCUCCUGCAUUUCCUACCCAGCGCGGCCAACAGCGAGUUCAUCUACAUGGUGGGGCUGGAGGAGGUGGUGCAGAGCGUUAUCGACAGCCAAGGGAAAAGCUGCGCGUCCCUCCUGCGCGUGGAGCCCUUCGUCUGCGCCCAGUGCCGCACCGACUUCACCCCGCACUGGAAGCAGGAGAAGAACGGCAAGAUCCUGUGCGAGCAGUGCAUGACUUCCAACCAGAAGAAGGCGCUGAAGGCCGAGCACACUAACCGGCUGAAAAACGCCUUCGUGAAAGCUUUGCAGCAGGAGCAGGAGAUCGAGCAGCGGCUCCAGCAGCAGGCAGCCCUGUCCCCCACCGCGGCUCCCGCCGUCUCCAGCGUCAGCAAACAGGACAACAUCAUGCGGCACCACACGCUCCGGCAGGCUCCGCAGCCGCAGGGCACGCUGCAGCGCGGCAUCCCCACCUCCGCCCGCUCCAUGCUCUCCAACUUCGCGCAGGCGCCGCAGCUCUCCGUGGCGGGCGGGCUCCUCGGCAUGCCAGGUGUUAACAUCGCCUACCUGAACGCCGGGAUCGGAGGCCACAAAGCGUCGAGUUUGGCGGAUCGGCAGCGCGAAUACCUGUUGGAUAUGAUCCCCCCCCGCUCUAUAUCGCAGUCCAUCAGCGGACAGAAAUAACGCCUGCUGAGACCCCCCCGCCGCCCUCCCCGCCUCCGUCGCAUGCCGUGCCUGUACCGGUGCCUCCGCCGCACACGGGGAAGAACAGACACAAAAAUACGCGAAAAAAAAACCACAAAAAAAAAGCGAAAAAAAACAAAAGAAAUGUUAAAAAAAAGCCCAUUUGAGACCUUCAACAGUUCCUUUUCCAACCCUUCACUCGUUGGGUUUCUCUAGCAGCGAGAGGUCACUUCUUCCAGAACGGCUCCGCUGGCGCUCAGCGCUCUCCGUGUGUCCCGCUUGGUUUAUGCUACUUUUUUGUAACGCCAAACCAUAGAAUUUUUCAUUGUGUUGUGUUCCGUUCCCGCCCCCGCCUUUUUUUUUCCCUCGCUAUACGGAUGGUUCAACUUUUUAUUUUUGCCUCUUUUUUUCCCUUUUCUAGAGACUUUUUAGGGCACCCGCUCUGGUUUUUUUUUAAGGGGGAAUCGGGGGGCGAUGGAGCCUGGAUUGGGGGGGGCCGCCCCCCCCCGCUUCGCCGCACGGAGCCGCGAGACGCCGCCCCCCCUGUUUGGGGGAUGCUACCGGGACCCCCCUUUUGGCUACGGGAUGGACCCAAGGGGGUGUCGGUGCCACCCGGGGACCCCCCCAGUGCGGACUGGGAGCGACUGGUGGCCUUGGUGAGUCCCCCCCAUACCCCCCCGAUGCAUUGGGGACAGUGGCAGCGAUGGGGACGCGGUGGGGGGGGAUGGGGGGGGGGGUCACCGGCCGGCGGGAACGAACCCAAAGCAAGAAAACAAGUCUGAGAAAUGAAAACCGCUUGAUUUGCACUUAAACCUCCACACUAACAGCCCCCCCCCCCCCUUCCCGUCCCCCCCCAGCACCCAAAAUACCCCCAAACCCACCCCCCCCCGCCCCCCGGCGCUUUGCCCCGAAGGAAUUUUGUGUUUGGGGUUUUUUAUUAUUAUAUAUUUUUUAAUUAAUUAAUCCCCCCCCGCCCCCAAUUAGAAUUUUCUUGUGCAAUUUGAAGCGCCAGCUUAGGGGGGGGGGGUUCUAUCCCCCAAAAACCCCCUGGAAUGGGGACACCCCCAGUUCAAUGAGCACUUAACCCCCCCAUGGGGGCCCCGAUUCGCCCCCGGGGGCCCUGGAGCCCAAACCCCAUUUCUGUGGAAAUUGGUACCAUUUCCAAAUUGGAAAUUUUCCAAAUUGUCAAAUUUUAAAAGUUUGGAAAAGUUCAAAAUGAUAAAUUUGCUUCUGGACCAUUUUACAAAAAUUCACGUUUCAAAAAUUUUAAAUGUGAAGUUUUGAACAUUUUCCAAAUUUUAAACGUCAAAAAUUUGAAAUUUGAAAAUUUGACCGUUUUCCAAAUUUUAAAUGUGACAUUUUGGACAUUCUCAAAAUUUGAAAUUUGGAAAUUGGAACAUUUCAAAAUUUUCUAGUUCAAAAAUUUUAAGUGUGAAAUUUUGACCGUUUUCAAAGUUUUAAAUUUGGAAUUUUGAACAUUUUCAAAAUUUUCUGUUUCAAAAAUUUUAAGAGUGAAAUUUUGAUCAUUUUCAAAAUUUUAAAUUUGAAAUUUUGAACAUUUUCAAAAUUUUCUAUUUCAAAAUUUUUAAAUGAAAAUUUGAACAUUUUCAAAAAUGACUCUUUUCAACAUUUUAAAUUUGGAAUUUUGAACAUUUUCAACAUUUUAAGUUUGAAAUGUUGAACAUUUUAAAAGUUUUAAAUUCCAAAACUUUUAAACGUGAAUUUUUGACCAUAUGCAAAAUUUGAAAUUUCAAAACUUUUAAAUGUGACAUUUUGAACAUUUCCAAAAUUUUAAAAUUUGAAAUUUUGGACAUUUUCAAAAUCUGAAAUUUGGGACAUUUUUCAAAAUUUUGAAAUUGUGACAUUUCUGAAAUUUUGAAAUUUUAAACUUUGAAAUUUUAAAACUUGAAAUUUUGAAAUGUUGAAAAUUUUAAAUUUGAAGUUUUGAAAUGUUGAAUUUUUAAAACUUGAAAUUUUGAAAUGUUGAAAUUUUAAAACGUGAAAAUUUGAAAUGUUGGGAUUUUAAAAUUUGAACUUUUGAAAUGUUGAAAUUUUAAAAUUUCAAAAUUUAAAAUUUCAAAAUUUCAAAUUUUAAAAUUUUAAAAUGAAAACUUAAACAUUUGCAUUUUUUAAGCUCGUGCAGCAUAGCGACGUAUAUACACACAUAUAUAUAUUUUUGUGGGUUUUCUUGGUUUUAACCUUAUUUAGCUGGCGCCCCCCCCACCCCCCCCGGAUGCCGGGGUCCUUUGAGACCCUUUUCCCCUUCCCCCCCCGCUGAGGAAUCGUUGGACCAACCCGAGCUUUUGCUUAUUAGUUGGUUUCUUUAUUGUUACUAAUCAGCUUGCCCCCCCCCCAAAAGGGCCUUUUGUUGUGCGCCCCCCCCCCACCCCAUCCCGCAGCGAAACCACAAAACUCCCUUCAAAAAAAGGCAAAACCACACAAAAAUGAUGAAAAACCCCCACACCAUAUACAAGUGCAAUACUGCCCAUGGGGGGGCCACGGGGGGGGACCCAUGGACAACGAGACGCCGACUUCAUGGUGCUAUAAGUGAAUUCACCCCAUAUGGGGGGGGGACACGGGGACCCUUUUAUCCCCCACCCCCCCCCCUCCCCAAAUCCCCCUGAACCCACCGCCCCCCCCCAUUAACCCCCCCGCCCCCCCCCCAGCGCUUUCUUUUACCGCUUAGGGGUAGAUCCGCUUGGGAAGAUGCUUUAUUAUUAUUAUUAAUUUUGGUUUAAUUGUGUUUUUUUUGGGGUGUUUUAAUUGGUUUUUUGGGUCCUCCAAAGGCGUACCCCCCCACCUCCAAACCCCCCCCCCAAAACCCCCCCCCCCCCCCGCCCUUUGUUGGCUUAUGGUAUUGCUGCCGAAAUGUUAUAACAAGGACUCAUUCGUGUAUAUAAGCUAUUUCUUGACACAUUAAAAAUGGAUAAAAAAUGGUUAAAAAAAUGGUAAAAAAAAAAAAGGAAAAAAAAGGAUGAAAACUAUAAAAAAAUAAUAAAAAAAUUGUA